AGGUGUUGCUUCUUGGUCAUUAGGGUAGGAGUGGUACGGCGCAUGCGCAAGCAUUACACGAUUUCGAAUUAGAGGAAAAAGGAAGUUCGCUGUCACAAGCUGAAUCGAUGGAAAACAAUCCCGUAGAAGUUGAAACGGUUGGAGAGGCUGUGAAGCCUACUAACGUCUAGUGUCAGAGCAAGAAGAAAUCACACAUAGAGGAACAAAAUAAACGGAAAAGUGGAAUGUCCUCACCUUCGACUGAAAAAGGAUACACUUUAGUAAUUGUGCCACCAAAGUCACUAAAUGUCAGUCAAGGUAUCAUGAUAAAGUACCUAAAAGAAUGUCUUGGAAACGAAUUUAAGUUUUUCUUAAAAGACACAAAGGCAGUGGAAGGCAGCACUUGUCAAUUUACAUUUGCUUUUCAAAGUGGCAAUCAAGCAAAGAAAGCAGAACAAUUGCUAAAAGAAAACAUCAGGGCUUCUGGAGAAAACGUUGAAGUUACCGUCGUUAAGGAAGAUCCUAAAGCCACCACAGAAAUGAUAAUCAGCAAGUGCAAAAAGGAACUUCAAGAGAAAAUCCAGCUGGUAAAAGGAAAGCAUGCUGCAAAAUUAAAAGAAGUCGAAACAAGUUUGAAUGUGCUUCGGGUGCGCAAGCACAUUAGCUUGGAAGAGUUUGAAAAAAUUGAAUCUGAGAGAGAAGCGAUAAAGCAAAAGAGAGAUGAACUACAGCAGCAGCAGGAAGAGUUUGAACAAUUCUGUUCCCAGAUGUUUGAAAAUUUAUCUGCUCAAACCGGUCAACCACGUUCAAGUGUAGAGAAGACCAUCAAAAAGCUGAGGAUGUCGUUGGGUCGAGAAUGCCACAGACUAGACGAAGCCCUUCCCAUGUACGCAAGAAAGAGCAGCAUUGUCGAAACCAUCAAGAAAAAUCAAGUUAGCGUAGUUCUUGGGGAGACUGGAUCCGGAAAAAGUACUCAAAUGACCCAGUAUCUUUACGAGGCAGGUUUUGCUGAAAAUGGUCUGAUCGUUUGUACUCAGCCAAGAAAGGUAGCUGCCACUAGCUUAGCAUCCCAUGUGGCCCAGGAAAUGGGUGGAGCUCUUGGACAAAUUGUCGGCUGCCACGUUGGUGGUAACAUUCAAGCUAGUAAGAGCACUGGCAUUGUUUAUGCAACAGAUCACAUACUUCUAAAUGAAUGUCUACGAGAUCCCAGCUUGUCCAAGUACUCUUGCAUUAUUGUCGAUGAAGCUCAUGAGCGCAGCAUUUACACAGACUUACUUCUGGGUAUGAUAAAGAAGAGCCUUGCUCUUCGACCUGAGCUUAGAGUGGUGAUCACUUCAGCUACGAUUAAUCCCACACUAUUUGUCACCUACUUUAACCAAUGCCCUGUGUUAAAGGUCUCUGGUAGAAUGUUUCCAGUAGAUGUUAUAUGGCGGGAUGGAACAUCAAGCAGUGGAAAUUACCUUCAAGAGGCGGUUGAAAAAGUUCGAGAAAUUCACCGCGGCGAAGGUCAAGGAGAUAUUCUAGUAUUUCUUACCUCUCCAGCAGAAACAGAGCGCGCGUGUGAUUAUUUGAAGAAGAUGGAGCCAGUUAAUGAACACUUAGUCUGUCUUCCUCUUCAUGGGAAGCUACGACAAGAAGAGCAAAGAAGGGUGUUCAAUGAGGAAACGAAUAAACGCAAAGUGAUAUUUGCCACCAACUGUGCUGAGACGUCAAUUACUAUUCCUGGAAUAAAGUUCGUUGUGGAUACUGGUUUGGUCAAAGAAAUGAAGUUUGAACCGAAACGCAACAAAAGUUCCCUAGAAGUUACAACUACUAACAAGAGUUCCGCUGAACAGCGUAGAGGAAGAGCGGGGAGGACCCAGGCAGGAAAGUGCUAUCGGCUCUAUAGCGAGGAGGAUUAUGAAACUAUGGAAGAUGGAUCUAGACCAGAGAUUCUUAGGGUUCAUCUUGGACAGGCAGUGCUUAAAUUAAUGGAGCUUGGGAUUGAGGAUAUCACCAAGUUUGACUUUGUCGAAUCGCCACCACUUGAAUCAAUAGAAUUAGCACUAGAAUUAUUGAAAUCUCUUGGUGCGAUUGCAAACGGGAAGCUUACAGAGUUGGGUCACAGGAUUGCAAAAGUACCUGUAGAGCCCCGCCUUGCCAAGUUGGUGUUUAAUGGAAUAGAUCAAGGAAUCAGCGCGGAUGCUGUGGCAUUGGCAGCAAUUGCAACCGUUAGUGGAAGUGUAUUUUUCCGGAUGGGCACUGAAGAAGAAAAGCAGCUUGCAGAUCAAAAAAAAGUUGUUUUUUGCCAUAACGGUGGUGACCUGUUGACAGUGCUGGAAGUUUAUAGGCAAUACCUUCAGCAGCCUAAAGGGAAAAGAAACAAGUGGGCGUUUGACAAAAGCCUAAACGCUAAGUCACUCCGAUUGACUGAGGACACGGUAAAAGAGCUUAAACUGGCUUUAAAAAAUGAACUGAACAUCGAAGUAUCCGGUACUGUUCAACAGAAUGAAGACACUGACCUUAAGUUACAAAGAAUCUUGUUCUCAUGUUAUGCCAAGAACCUUUGUGUGUUUACAGGUCACGAAAAAGCAGGAUACAAAGUGGUAUCAUUGAACCACUGUGUCCAGUUGCAUCCUUCUUCUGCCCUUAAAUUCCUGGGAACAACACCAAAAUUUAUGGUUUUUGAGCAACUGCUCAAAACGUCUCGAGACUUUGUCAUCAAUGCAACUCCUGUGGAGGAGAGUUGGCUUCAGGAAAUGAUAAUGACAGGUGCUGUUAAGUAUAACAUGGACGAUUUGAUGUCUGAAGUUCUGACACAAGUUACACUACCUUGUAGUCCAGACCUUAUGACUUUGGCUUUCAGAGGAUUUCAAGGACGAAAAAUGCUUGAUCAGGUCCAAGAAAAAGUAUCUAAAGCCUGCGAUGACAGUUUGGUUGUUCUUGAGAAAGACGAAAAAUCUGGACAAGUAAAAGCCUACGUGCCACUAAAUUACACCUCAACCGCUCUAUCUGUUUUGGAAGAGCAUUUAGAAGAAACCAGGAGAUCUCUGAGGAGCGAAGACAGAGAAGAAAAAUUGAAAGGAAGUUCUGGUACCAGGAUCGUUUGGGGGAAAGGCGGUGAAGUGCAAGAAGUGUUGAUGUCUCACAUGUUUAGGACUGUCACUGUUGGUGACGUCGAGGAUGGGAAAAUGGUUUUAGAUUAUUUGAGGUCCUUUGGAGAUGUUGUCAGACACCGGUUCAUAGAAAAGAAUGGCAAAACUCGAGUUUUUGCGACGUUCAAAAUAUCUGAUAAAGCUGCAAAGGCCGUUGAGAGCUCUGCCGAUAUCAAACCAAGCGAUGCGACGCCGGAUGGGGUGCACGUACAACUUUCCCAUUUUGCGGUGAGAGCCACGUGGGUAAGACGUCCUGGUAAAGGCACUGGCAACAUAGAAUUUUUUAAUGCUGAAGAUUUCUCUCACACACUUAGCAGUAUUCACUCCCUCAUGAUAAAGUCGAGGCGGGUUGUAUUUCAAGUGGACAAGUUUUGCCCAGAAGAAAGGCUUUUCAUGAGAGGACUUGAUCCUGAAACAACUGAGGAGGACGUUAUGUCUGCCAUUGAAGUGAUGGUGCCUUCCGUGAAAGUGAAAAAAGUCAUCUUACACCGAAAACCAGGUUUUGAAACCACAGAUGAGACACUUGAGUCACACAGAAAAUUCCUUGCAGAACGCGUUGGUGACUUCACCACACCCCAAAAACUUUCUAUAUCUAUGGUUAAACCUCGUCCAAAUAAUUUUUUGGGGUGUGCUCAUAUUAAGUUUCAAGACUUCAACGAAGGUGAAGCUGCUGUAAGGGGUUUAAAUGGAAAGGGAAUACCUGGCAUUGGAAACGUCACCCUGCAACCCAAUCUGUCAACUAAAUUGCCAUGUCCAAGGAAUGUCUUCAGUAUCAUUGAAGAAGAGUUGCAAACUAUUAUAAAGGAAUUGCAGGAGAGGUUUGGAAAGGCUAUCACCGUCAAGGUAAAAAAUCAGGAUAAAUCCAAAAGGGUUCUCCUAGAAAUCCAUAGCGACAGUACGGAGCACUUUCUUCUUGCCACAAAAGUGCUGAACGAAAGCCUCAAUGGGGACACAAUCGACUGCAAAAUUUCAAACUCGUUGGAAACUCUGUUGACAAACCCAGUUAAAGAAGUUCUUCGAUCGAUUGAAAAAGAUACUGAAACAGCAAUUUAUCAAGACUGGAAGAACAAAGUUCUCAAAAUACAUGGAAGUCAAGCCAGCCGCGAGUCAGCGAAGCGUGCUAUCAACGACUUUCUUAAUGAUUCAAUAGUAAAUGACAGCCAUCCAUGGCAGAUUCAUCUUCGAGGACCAAGCAAGCCCCGGGGGCUGCUUAAAGCACUCUUCAAGAGAUUUGGAGUAAAUUUGCUGGGACUUCAAGAGAUCCCCGGUGUACAACGUAUCCACGUGGAAUUUCACAAUCACGUCCUUCAGGUCGUUAGUUCGCAUGAGGCCCAAGAAACAAUCAACCGUUGCCUAGAAGAAUGCUGCCAAAGUAUCCUUUCAGACUCUCCUCAAACAUUACAGUGUGAUUACCCAGAGCCCCAGAUAUCUUGUUGUAUCUGCCUGUGUGAUUUGGACGAGACAGCUGAAGUGUAUAGACUUGCUUGCUGUGGCCAUGCUUUCGACAAGACUUGCGUGAUCCAGCUAAUAAAGUCUGGAGAUAUCCCACUGAAAUGUGUGGCGGAGAGCUGCGGAGAGCCUCUUGUGUGGAGAGACUUGCAGAACCUUCUGACUCAAAGUGAAAGGAAAUCACUUGCUUGUAGUGCCCUAGAUACGUACGUCAGACGUAACCCUGAUACUGUUAAGUAUUGUCCAACAGCUGACUGUGAAAUGGUGUAUCGCGUGUCGUCAGAUGGCAGAUGCUACAAGUGUGAAGCCUGCUUAGCUGAAACCUGUACAUCUUGUCACACACAGUAUCACAAUGGGCUUACCUGUGCCAUGUUCAAAUCUGAAAAGAAAGUAGAAGGAAGUCUGAAGGAGUGGAUGAUGAAAGUUCCUGACAAUAGGAAGUGCUGCCCUAAAUGUAACACUCCGAUUGAAAAGAAUGAAGGCUGUAAUCAUAUGACAUGCUCACAAUGUAAGUCGCACAUGUGUUGGUUGUGUCUGGAAGUCUUUCCAUCGGGAGAACAGGUGUACGACCAUCAACGACACUGCCCGAAAAGGACUUUACUUUCCGGUCUUGGAUUGUAACAGCAGUGGUGCUCAAGACUGCCAAUACUGACAAUUCGUAUUUUAUAACUUGAUCAGUUUUACGAUGUCGAUGAAUAUGAACCACAUUUUAUGGGACAUCAAUUUUGAAGCUAGUCUUGGAGUCUGUUGUCCGGAUGGUACUGCAAUACAUUCGUCUCACAGUGUUUUAAGUCUUCAUCUUAAUUUAGUCGUAACGAAAGAAGCUUAGUCUGGUAGGUGGUGUCAAAUACGGUAGGGGCAACGUUUGAUGGCCCCCAGUAGCUUUCCUUAGUUUUGUAGUAUUACUAAUGGGUACUCAUACACUGCUAAAUACAAAUGUCAUGAAUGAAACCGUACACUUAGCGGUCCCCAGUUGUUUUCAAAAGGCGGAUGGUGCUAUCCACUAGAUAUCUCUUUAUCCGCGUUUCCGUGGGAUAGUGAUUUAUGUGGUGGAUAUUGCUAUCCAGCUUUUCAACAACCGGGGCCUGUGUAUGAAAAAUUGGUCUGUAGAACGCCAUGUUAAAGACUAUGCAAUUGCAUGUUCCGGAUAAUGGGCUCCUGGCUAAUUUUUGGUGGGUCACCGUUUAAAUUGAUAUCAUAAAAAAAGAAACAAAUUAGUCCCCCAGCAUCAUCCCCGUAGAACGCUGUUUGGGUGAAGAUACUGGCCCAAUAUGUAAAGUAGACUGAAACUAGUUAUGACCAAAAGCUUGUUAUUGGGACUAAAUUGUUAGGCCUCGUAGGAAGGUACUAUGACUAUCAAUAGUAAUUUUAAAAUGUUGAAGCUACGAUAAUGAUGUUUACAGGGUUUGUAGCUCGUCAGAAAAUGUAUGUUGGUGAUUUUUGGUUAUAUUUGUGAUGCAGACAUGACACACGGAAUGCGUCAUGACUUCAAAUGAUCGGGGGUUAACAAACACUACUAUUUCUUUCCAAAGAAAGUAAGCAAGCAAAUUUACUGUUAAGACAUUGCAAGUUACCCUAAUAAUUAAAUUUGGUGAUAAUUUAUUAUCGCAUUGUCUGAAACGACUUUUUUCAAGCUUUUGGGGGACGUAGCUUCCUUAAUUUAAUAUAGUAGUGAUACUUUAUCGAGGGAUACCUGCAUUUCUAAUGAAACGGGCGUCAAAUGUAUGGUAGUUGGUAACACAAAGCAUUUUUCCACAGAGAGAGUAGAGAGGAAGUGGAUUAAUAAGUGAAAUCGUUUUGUUCAGUCAUUAAUGGAUGCUCACGUUUUAUAGGCUAAGUAGUUCAAAUUUUAUUCAUCUGUAAGGCUUUUUUUCUGACUUAUUGUGGAAAGGCGAAGAUAUUUAAGUAAGUUAUCAAAAAAUUUGUUAUCAUUGACAAUCUGAAAUUGUGUCAAUCACGCCAAGCAACUGAAGUAGGCCAAAACACAAAAGUAAGGCAAGUACCUCAAGCACGCCAAGUUACUGAAGUAGGCCAAGAUACUCAAGAAACCCAAGACACACAAGUAAGCCAAGUAACUGAAGUAGGUAGGCCAAGACACUAGAGCAAGCCAAGUACCUCGGUACACUAGACGUAGGCCAAGACACUAAAGCAAGCCAAGUACCUCGGUACACUAGAAGAAAGACUCUAUAUAUCAGUACACUAUAGGAAUCAUAUAUGAAGUAUCUACCAGGAUAACCAAACUAAACUUUGAAAGAAAUGUAGAAAAAUUGAACCUGAAGCAAUUUCGUCUCGUGUGGUCUUUGUUUGAGCUAGAUACCAUGGGGCACGAAAUUUGUGCGGGUUCUAAUUUUUUCUAUUUUUGCGGUUUUUCCAGCGAUCCGCAAAAAUAAGUUCCCGCAAAUAAAAAUUACCGCACACAUCUUUUCCCGGAAAAAUUUAUUCAAGAGUAAAUAUUCUCUAACUUAAAUAGUAUUUGCUACACAAAAAUAAAGUACUGCGAAAUCGUGUCUGUUCAAUCACAAUUUGUCUCCUUCAUUCAGAAACAACGAAAUACUG